AUUCAAUCCAAUUUUUCCUGUUAUGCCAAAACUAACUUUGGCGUCCCUUGCUGUUCUUUCUUUGUACCUUCACCAUUUGUUUUGUUAUUCCACCACCUUCCUCAUAGUCAUCAUCGAUUACCCAAUUUCAGAUCAAUAGCAGGUUAUUAUCUUUUUCAGCUAUCAUUGAGCUGCAUAGGAGUCUCAUUGUCCAAGUUCCAUCUUGCCAGCAUUUAUUUAGUCUUAGCAAUGGUUCUUGUUGGUUCUUUGCAACUGUCCUAUCAUCUGGGACUGCGGAGAAACUAUUUGCAUGAAGAAAAUCUUAAGUUUACCUCUCAGAGCUAUAGCACACGGCUAUUGAAUGUAGCCAGUCCAUCUCUUUUUUUUCAGAAGAACACUUGGAGCACUCAUUUAUUUAGCAUGAAAUACCCACCUAAUUACAUUGUGCCUUCUAGAUACAAUGUACUCAGGUGCCAGUCGUCAUUGAUGACAAAUCAACCACUGGAUCCCCCUGGAAUGAAGGCUGCUAUAGUGGCAUUGACAAAGUUUUGUAAUGUAUUAGGUGGUUGUCCUCCUUCAGUGGUUAAGUUAGUUCCUGCAGUUUGUAUUAUGGUGUUUGCUGUAUGGGGUCUUGGACCAUUUUUACGUUAUACGAGAAGCCUAUUCCAUAAUGAUAUUAACUGGAAGAAAAGUCGGACGUAUAAUAUCAUGACAUUGUAUCUUCAACCAUUAUUGCUGUGGACUGGAGCAACACUUAUUUGCAGAGCUUUAGAUCCAGUAGUUUUACCUACAGAGUCCAGCCAAGUUGUGAAGCAACGAGUGUUGAAUUUUGUUAGGUCGUUGUCCACCGUGCUGGCCUUUGCAUAUUGCUUAUCUAGCAUGAUUCAACAAGCACAGAAAUUCUUCUCAGAGAGUACUGAAUCCAGUGACGCGAGAAAUAUGGGCUUUCAAUUUGCUUGGAAAGCUGUAUACUCUGCAGUAUGGGUUGCGGCUCUCUCAUUGUUCAUGGAGCUCUUGGGCUUUUCUACCCAAAAAUGGCUUACAGCUGGAGGUCUUGGGACUGUUUUGCUGACCUUAGCUGGCCGUGAGAUUUUCACCAACUUUCUCUCAAGUGUGAUGAUUCAUGCAACUCGUCCUUUUGUUGUUAAUGAGUGGAUCCAAACAAAAAUCGAGGGCUAUGAAGUUUCUGGCACUGUUGAGCAUGUAGGGUGGUGGUCGCCAACAAUCAUUAGAGGUGAAGAUCGUGAAGCAGUUCACAUACCAAACCAUAAGUUUACCAUGAAUGUCGUCAGAAAUCUCAGUCAAAAAACUCAUUGGCGGAUUAAAACCCAUCUUGCCAUUAGCCAUUUGGACGUCAAUAAAAUCAACAACAUUGUCGCAGACAUGCGGAAAGUCUUGGCAAAGAACCCUCAAGUUGAACAACAGAAAUUGCAUAGAAGAGUAUUUUUGGAAAAUGUGGAUCCUGAAAAUCAGGCACUUCUGAUUUUGAUAUCUUGUUUUGUCAAGACUUCGCAUUUUGAAGAAUACCUUUGUGUAAAGGAAGCUAUAAUUUUGGAUCUUCUUAGAGUCAUUAGACAUCACCGGGCUCGACUUGCAACACCAAUCCGCACAAUGCAGAAGAUGCAUAGUGAUUCAGACAUGGAAAGCGUUCCAUUUUCUGAUUCAAUAUUUGGCCACCGUGGUGUGACUUCGAAUCGCCGCAUGUUGAUGAUCGAGCCCCCUUACAAAGUUUAUGGAGAAGAUAGAAAGCAAAGCCAUAGCAGGACAUCACGCACAACUGGAGAACAAAAUGGUAAGCCCAUUUCACGGUCAUCGGGUGACAGCAAGGCAGUUAAAGAGACGUCAUCUGAUAAAAAGACGGAAGUUAAGACUGGAGGAGAUGUUGAUACAAAAAAGCAGCCCAAAGUUUCAAUGUCGACCUCUGAAGAUAAAUCAAGCAAUGAAUUGAAACAUAAAUCGUCAUCAAGGUCUGCUGCAAGUAUCUCUGACAUGCCAACUUCUGAUGCCAAAACAACUAAAUCAGAUGCUGAUAAUUCGAUGGAAGAUUCCAUUCCCAAGCAAUCCGAAAAUAGCUCAGGAAGUAACAGGCAGAACUUGAAGCCUUCCCUUCCUGCUGUUUCCUUUCCAGAAGAUGUUAAGAAAUCAGGAGAAACUACUUCAGCAGCUUCACAGCCAAGGAUAGAAGGCGAGCAGACUACAGUUUCAAAUCAAUCAAUAACAAAGCCUGGCGUAGAAGAGAAUAUAAUCCUUGGUGUUGCUUUGGAUGGCUCUAAGAGAACACUUCCUAUUGAGGACGACUUACCUACUGCAUCAGGAGCAAAAGAUUUGGCUGCAUGCAGGAAUGGGAACAGUGCGAAUGGAGCAACAACGCCAGAUAAGAAUACGAAACGUCAAUCUCCUUCUCCUACCACAUCUUCUAGUGAGUAGUAAGACUAUGGUUUCAUGCAGGGGAUCCAGAUUAUUUGGUAAACAACUUUUUUGACAGAGAAGUUUGCAUUGAGGUCCUAUGAAGCUGCGUUUUCUCAGCGCUUGCAACAAAUUAUUCUCACCUGACUACAGUUUGCAAUGGGGCAGGAAUGUACAUUUGUGCCAUUUUGACUCUUGUUUCAGUGAAUUCUGAAACAGCAAGCUGUUUACUUUGAGGAUCAGCGGCCGUUAAUGACAACACAUCCUUUCAAUUGGUAACAUUUUCUUGAUAUAGAGCUUACGUUUUGUACAUAAAACCUGUAUCUUGAACUAUAAAUUAUGUAUACUAACAAAGAAUAUGCUAGAUUGAAUCAAUGCAUUUUGUAGAAGGAUCUCAAUUGUCUUCAAGAGAAUACUGGGAAUUUCGCAUAUAAUGAACAAAAUGCUCAGUUUGUAGUUCUGUUACAAGAUUUUGAGGAAAAUGAAAGCCGUUCGGCUCAGACAUUUCUUUUUCCGA